ACAAAAAUCAAAAUUAUUUUUAUAUGCUUAUCAUGUAAACAAAAAUAGAAAAUAAACAUUUCCAGCAAAACCAAAUAUGGAAACAAAAUUUUCAAUCAUGCAAUCAUUCAUUAUAUUUUGGAACAUCAACAACUUUAGUGAUAGUUUUGGGGAAGAAAUACAGAUAAACAAUGACAAAUCAAAAGGAUUUAAUUUUAAAGCUAAAUGAAGACUGUAUGGAUCACAUUUUUAAAAUGCUACCUAUAGGCGAUCGAAUUAAUUUGAUUCUGUCAUACCAAAUGUUUUGUCAUAUUUUUACCUUGCGUUUAAAAAUUGAGUACAAAUCAAAUUUAAACACGAGAUUUUUCAAUUCACUAAAAACAUUUCAGCUUAAGGUUUUGCUAUUUAUUAUAGGAGCUCAUAUCAAAAACUUAAUAGUGGAAUUUCCAUUUGAGGAAAAGAGCUAUUUAAAAAAACAAUUAUAUUUUAAGUUUUUGUUUAAAUUUUGCCUAAAUGCGGAGAAUCUAAGCUAUAAUGGAUGGGGCGUAAGCGAUGAAUCAAUAAAAUCGUUAAGGCUUUUAAGAAACUUAAAGUCUUUAACGAUAAUAAAUAAUCUCGAUGUAACUGGUAAAUAUAUCCACAAUCUCUAUGGACUUGAAAAACUAACCCUUAACAAUUGCACAAGAAUAGACUCCCAGUAUUUUGGAAAAAUUUUUAAAAAUCUUAAAAACUUACUUUUCCUCGACAUAAGAAAUUGCAAACAAUUAUCAACUCAAAAUUUUCAACAAAUUCUAGAAAAUCUGCUACAAUUAAACACUCUUAAACUAUCCACAACCCAUGAGAAUUUCAAUUGUCUUACACAAUUAGCAAAACUAAAACACUUAGAAAUAUGCAGAAAUAAUAUUUUAAGCGCUCCAAUUUCGCAAGAUUUUUUGGAUAAUUUACAAACAUAUCAAGCCCAGCAACUGGAAGAAUUAAAACUAAUAGAUUAUGAUUCUUUUGAUUCGGAAAAGGCAGCAUUAGUGGCUAAAUUGAAAAAGUUAAAAGUUUUACAUUGCAUCUGCAAUCCCUGUGAUGAUGAAAUUUUGAAUGAAUUAUCACAUUUAAGCGAAUUAGAAGAGCUUGAUAUAAAUAACAGCUAUUUUAUCACCAAUCAGUCAGUUUUACAACUUUUAACACAGUGUCAAAAAUUAAGACGACUUUAUUUGAGAUCUUGUGGUAUAUUAACCUCAGAUCUUAUUCAGAAUAUUCUCAUGUUGUUACACCAUCAACGUCAGCUGCAGAUAGAACGAGUUCACAUACAGGCCUACAACACAUUGCCCUUCAAAAUUUCGGAAAUGGAACUGGAAGAUUCUUCAGAUGUUCUCAAAUUGUCGUACAAAUAUACAAAUCCUGAUUAUGAACAUAUUACUGAAAUUAUAGAAAUAAUAAAAUAAAUUGAAAUG